GGGGUCAGGAAUCGUGUUGGACACACACAGCACACAUUAAGCUUACUGAGUCCUGUUUCUGUACAUUGUUUGUGUAUAACGUGAGAUUUUAGUUGCAAGUGAGAGAAUUAAAAACAGAAUAAAACGUUAACAUGCCGUCGACGGCCGACGAUGACCCUUACGCGUACGCAGCGAAAGGGGCAUUAAAAUUAAAAAAUGAUCAAGGCAUAUGUAAGAAGAAGAAAAAUAAAGAAGGUAAAAAGAAGAAAUUGGUGGAAAUGACGAAAAUUGUAGAGGAAGAGAAACCUAAGACCACAGAAAUCAAGCGUACGAAAGCUGAGAUAGCUUUUCAGAAGAUGCAAGAAAAAAUGCAAACUGAAAGGAUAAAACAAAAGGCUUCGAUGACACAUAAACAGAGGGUAGAAGAGUUCAAUCGACAUUUGGACAGCUUGACGGAACACUUCGACAUACCUAAAGUCAGCUGGACAAAAUAAUUUUCUCUUAUCUCACAGUUUAUUCGUAGAUAUUUAAUUCAGGUAUAAAUUUAAAAUUGUACUUUAUUUCAAACAUGUUUACAAAAACAAUAGUAAAUAUCAAAUAUUGUAAAAAGUAGAAAUUAAAAUGGACGCAAUUUUAAAACUUAUCCUUAAACAUUUGAUUACAAUAAAAAUGAGAUUUCAUAUUGUAAAAACACAUUUGUUCGUUAUAAUGUGAUAAAGGCACUUAGUAGUUUUAUCAUACACUUUUGUUUCGAUAUAUAGUAGAAAUCUAUAAUAUAAAAUCGACAUAAAUGCAUUACGUAUUUACGAUGUGUUAGUUGUUGUACGAAUCUAAUAAACUUUAUGUACACUAAAUGGACGGACUUAAUUGUGUCAGAUCGAAAGUAUUGCUAAACUGUAUAUCUAGUUAAUUCUAAUAAAAUUCUUAAAUGAUUAUUGCGAUAAAA